UCUCGCAUCGCGCACUGCGCAUUGUCGCCAGCAAUCUUCCGACGUUCUUCCUUCCUUCAUUCCUUGACAGUCAUCCUUCAACGCGUGCGCGACACCAUUAUUCUCCAGUCCACAGACUGACUCCGCUGCGCUGCGGUGCCCAGUGACAUCGUGACAUCGUCUUGGCCCCGGGCAAGCGACUUGUUGCCCCAGCUUGACAGCCCCGUUGUGCUUCCAAGGCCGCACCCAGCCACCGUACUCCGUAGACCCAGCAACCACUGCCUUCGACCGCCUCUCUUUUGACAUCUCCAUCCGCCGCCGCCUCCUCCACCAUCGCCGCAUUCGCUCCCCUUCCUGCGCAUCCUUCCUAAACCACGGAACUGUCUCUUCACCGGGGAAUACUGAGCACACCGCCCGACGAGGCUACGCGCCCACCGCAACCGCGGCACCUCCAGCCAUGUCCAAGUACGGCAACUUCCACGACUUCUGUCGCGACACAGGAAAUCGCUGGUCCACGCUACCAGUGUGCAAUCUCUUCGAUCAAGCCCUCACACGCGCAGGAACAGGAUGGGGCGGUUGCGAUUUGACUGGAAUACCGUUAAGUGGUGGAAGACAUCUCGCCAAUUUGGGCUCUAUUUUGCUCGCUGGAAUUGCAAUCGCUGUCACUGGGUUCCUACUAUGGAGAUCAGAAAGGAAAAAAGCUGCUGUCGGAAGGAGGGAAAUGCAACUAUUCCUCCUCGGUUAUGUCAUCGUUGAAAUAUGCGAAAUAUUUACCAUUGGAGGCUUCCCGCUUAACAGCGCCGUGCGUAGAGGCUUCACAGCUGCCCAUAUCGCUGCCAUUGUGUCCACACUCUGGAUACUCAUGCUCAAUGGUAUCGUCGGCUACCAGCUGCUCGAUGACGGCACGCCCUUAUCCCUUGGCUUGAUGAUCACUUCCGCGGCAAUCUUCUUCAUUGGGACCGGCUACAUCGCGCUCGACACUGGCUUCAGUUUCACCGGCUACUGGGACUCGACUUUGACUGGCAAUAACCGAGCCUACGCCCUCUACACAUUGUAUCAGCUCGUACCACUUGUCUUCCUCGUUGUCUUUUUCCUUCUGGAAGCAUUUUUGGUCAUUCGGAUUCUAGGAGAGCGGAAACCACUGAUGUACCUGGUCGCCGCCGCUCUGCUUUUCGCCAUUGGUCAAAUCUUCCAAUACGUCAUCAGCGUGCACAUUUGCAAUGGCACCAACGGAAAGAUCAACGGCGGUCUUUUCGAGACGUUAUUUACCUUGCUCUCAGUCGUAAUGACUUGGGUCUUCUGGUCGAGCAUCACCGAAGAUGACUGGCCGAUGCCCGGCGUCGCCGGAACUGGCUAUUAGAAGCAAAAAGCUGUGGAAACGAUCUGUUUGGAUAUGAAGAGCUGUAAUGAGGUGCUAAUGUGUUUUAUGUCUCUUUUUUGCAGCAUAUCUGUAGCGUAUACCACCUUGGAGCGUCUGAAUGGUUUGAAUGGUUGAUACGAUACAAGGAGAUAGUACACGUCACAAUGCAUAAUAUAUAUAUACCCUA